AUGUGGAGCCGUCCUGACGUGGCGUUGCAAUAUGGCGGGCUGUCAUUGGUCGAGUGCAUGCAGCUGUUCCUCCCACCUGGUCUCCGAGACACCCUGACACCAUCUGAUGUUUCACCUGACCAUGCACCUGACUUCAAACAAGCACCUGCAGCUACUGCUUCUGCCGAGGCUGAACCAGACCAGUCUGUGUUAGCCAUGAAACGCCUGGGCAGGGAGCAUGGAUUAGGCGCAGGAGGAGGAGCAGAGCAGGGCACGCCACCAGUGACAGCUCACCAGCUGUCGCACAUUCUAUUUGCCGAAUCACAUCCCAAGGAUGCACACCCCAUGGAUUCAAACGCCGCACACCCUGUGGGUCGAGGGUUGAAGAGGCUCCGCAACGACAACACGGGAUUCAACACCAGCAGUGCUGCUCACACCGGCACGCGUGAAGGCCUGUCCGCCAGGCAGCUUCAGGGCAUUGAGGUGGCUGAUGCGUCGGCUUUGCGCUCUCUGCUUCUGCGGGCGGCUGACAGCCAGAGCCACCAGCGUCAGUGUGACAGCAGGACAACAAUCCCGACAUCCUGGCUUCUGGCCCUUCUUCUGCAGCAAAAACAACAGCAAAAGCAACAGCAACAGCAACAGCUACAGCCGCACCAGCACCAAGAGCAACAGAAUGGAGAGCAACAGGAGCAGCACGUGAAGCAGCAGCCGUCACUGUUCCCACAGGAUCCAGUCAGCUCCAAGUCAACUCAGUCAACUCAGUCUUUCCAGUCCCCGCGCGGUCCCGCACUCGCACAUGCCGCCCACUGCAGCAGCAGCAGCAACACACCAACGUCUGCUCUCCCUGCCCUUGAAUGGCCCCUCUCCUUCUCAACCUCCCUCUCACCCUCCAUCACACCCUCCUUCGCACCCUCCCUCUCACCCUCCCUUGCACCGUCCGUUGCACCUUCCAUCUCACCCACCCACGCGUCCACCUCUCGGACCUACCUAGCCCGCCCUCUCUCGGCCAUGUCCCCAUGGCUGUCCUCCUCUCGCAAGCCCUUCACCUUCGGAAUGACUCAAAGCUCCCGCGUUCUGCAUUCCGCCCGUCCCAACAGCCUCUCGCAGUCCCUCCGCACAACAGUCCCUGUCCCUGCUCCCACCGCUCCCCCUACUGUUAACCCCAUUGCUCCGCACAAUCCUCUCACAUCCCCUCCCGCCUCCAUACCCUCGCCUUCCUCUCACUGCCAGUCCGCUGCUCCCCUCUCACCCACAUCUCUCAUAACAGCUGCGACCUCGCCAGUGCCAUCAGCCCCUUCCACCGUUACCAACCGUGGCCCACCGCACUCUCUCCCCUCCUUCCCCUCUCUCUCCGCGCUCCAGUCAGCCCUUCACACGCCGCCGAUCAAGGCACCUCCCACACUCUCCGACCCAUCUCACCAAAGCUUAUCUCAGCACCACCUCCUUCAGCGCUACGCUUCCCGCAGUGCUUCACCUAGCAACGCUGCUUCCUCUGCGUCUGUCGACCACUCCCCGCCUUCCUCCGAGUCCUCCCAACCCUCCGCGCAACCCUCCUCCCAGCUCUCCUCCCUGCGUGUUGCGGCAGUAGAUAUGGGAUCGCAGCAACUGCGCACGACAGCCACACCGUCAGCAGGAGAAGCUUCAUUUGCUCCUCACCCCGCUGCAACAGCAACAUCAGCAAGUGUGCUUCCCAUGCUUCCCGCUCCUCUUGCUGAGAACAAGGCACCAGCAGCAUCCCUUCCAUCCGCGUUGCAUUAUGCAACGAUGGACGCACCUCCCCUGUCUCAAUUUGCCCUGACAGCAGAACACAUGAGGCCGCACAAGAUCCCUCGGACAAGCCGAGGCGUUCUGCCCCCUGCUGCUCUGGAAUUCGCCCGCUCUUUUUUUUCCGGUAUGCCCGGCAGUGAUGAUCCCCAGGGGGGCGAGAGCAGCGACGGGCAGCAAACCUCGGAGCCUACAUGCGCAAGUGCGCGGCAGGACAGCCGUCGCACUGGAGCGAGCAAAGAGGGACAGUGUGGAUCGGCGCUUGCAGCAGCAGCAGAAGGCAUAUGUCAGGGGGAGCUUUCCAUUUGGAAAGAUCUCAUUGAGCUGGAGGGUGCGGCAGAAGAGGUGGUGUGCGGUGAGGAGAAGAGAGCGGGCCUGGCAGUGCGCUCGUUCUGUGAGCUGGAGGACCUCCUCGAGGAGAACGAUAAUUUAAUGUAG